ACUCGCCCAGAAGCGACCAAUAUGUGCUCUAGUCUGAGCGACUUGUUCGCCUGCAUCAGAGCCCAGGGAAAUUGCGAAGCGGAUUCCAGCAGCCCCACCCAUCAGCGGAAUAACGCCGACCUGGACGAUGAGGCGCCCGAUCUGCAGCUCAAACAGGAGCAGAGCCGCAGGAGGAUCGACACAGUUCCUGCUCCUCCGACUGGAUCUCCAUCUCCAUCGACGGGCUACCUGCGCCCCUCUUUGCGGCCAGCACGUGUCUCCUACGAGGCCUUGGAGCGCUACGAUCGGAUUUACGGCAGAUCCUUCCAGGAAGCGGGCUCAACUGGUUCAGUCAGAAAUAUUGCCGACCAGUUCUAGACAAUUGGAAAUUGUUAUGGUCUUUUCCCGCUAAAAGACGAAGACAUUAAAUACAUGUUACACAAUUCCCUGA